AUGCAUAGCAUAACGGGCACGCAGACUCGCAGACACGCACACGCACGCACACAUGACAAGUCGCAUGAACUGCCCAACAGCCUGUGCACGGGUCUUGCCACAGGUCCCUCUGCUUACCCCAAAUCGAAACGGCCCGGGGCUCGAGAGCCGGGUGGCCACACGGCUGCUCUGUGUCUGGCCGCUCUCUUCCUCCAGGAUUUGGAAGACGCUGCAGGUGUGGGUUGGAUCGGUCAUGGGCCAACCGUCGACGCCGGCCCUUUUGAGAGGCCGCUCCAGAAGGAGGUGGUGGGGUGGCCCGGCCAGCAUGUGCCUCGAGCAGGAAUCCAUUGGACAAUCGGAGCUCUCUCUGACGACGACGCCAUGCACCAUUUCUAUUUCGGCUGGGUGGCUGGCGAGCUAGGUGUGAGCUCCAUCGCCCGGCAGCAUGCCGCUUUCCAAUCACGCCGCCCGGCUUUCAGGCAAGGCCGCCGUGCUCGCCCGUGGCCAGCCGUUUGGUGCGUGGCCAUUGGUGCUUUGGUUGCAGCACCGCGGCUCCAGGGCCUGUUGCUGGCCCCAUCGCUGUGCGGCCUUUGCUUGGCGUGCAGUGCUGGCCCACCACCCACCCCACGAUGGACGGCGUUUGUGUUUCUGGACCCGGCAAGCCAGCCCAGCCCAGCUUGCCAGCCGAGGCUUGAGCCAUUUCCGAAGCUGCCACCCGUUACCGAGGGCGCAAUCCCUACCGCUGGGCCACGGGUGAGCGAGCCGGGCGGCGCGCCGCCUCUCUGGGUAGGCGAAGCUGCAUUGCAACCGCAAUUGGGCCAGAGUGGUUGGAUAUGCACCCCCGAGCCGAGCUAUGUCGCUGGUUCGAGCGAAUCAUUCGAUGAGACCCCGUGA